GAGACGAGAGGAGGAACAGAGAAGAUUAAAAAAGCUCCAAGAAGAAUAUGAACAGGAAAGGAAAGAAGAAGAUAGAAUAAGAAUGGAAAAAGAGGAAAAGGACAGAAAAGAUUUAGAGGAAAACUAUAAGAAACAACUGGAGGAAAGAAAGAAGACACAUGAAGAAGAAGUGAGAAAACAAACUGAAGAAUUAAAUGAGUUCAGAGAAAAAUCCAAAGAAAUUUCAGCUCUGAAAGAAAAACAUGAAGAAGAAGUGGAAGCUUUGAGGAAACAGCAUGAGACACAAAUGUGUGAAAGAGAAGAAAAGCCCAGCAAGGACUUACAAAAUCUCUUAAAAAAGGAAAUAAAAGAAGAGAUGGAGCGAAAAGAAAAACAAUUACAAGAUGAAAUAAAGGCAAAAGAAAAUCAAAAAGAAGAAAUAGAGACAAAAGAAAAAGAACUCAAACAAGAAAUUGAUCACAAAAGACAAAUAAAAGAAGAAAUGGAGCAAAAAGAAAAAGAACUCAAAGAAGAACUGGAGAUAAAAGAAAAAGAACUCAAAGAAGAACUGAAACAAAAAGAAAAAGAACUCAAAGAAGAAAUGGAGACAAAAGAAAAAGAACGCAAAGAAGAACUGAGACAAAAAGAAAAAGAACUCAAAGAAGAACUGAGGCAAAAAGAAAAAGAUCUCAAAGAAGAAAUGGAGAUAAAAGAAAAAGAACGCAAAGAAGAACUAGAGAUAAAAGAAAGAGAACUUAAAGAAGAACUGAAACGAAAAGAAAAAGAACUCAAAGGAGAAAUGGAGACAAAAGAAAAAGAACGCAAAGAAGAACUGGAGAUAAAAGAAAAAGAACUUAAAGAAGAACUGAAACGAAAAGAAAAAGAACUCAAAGAAGAAAUGGAGACAAAAGAAAAAGAACUCAAAGAAGAACUGAAACGAAAAGGAAAAGAACUCAAAGAAGAGAUGGAGACAAAAGAAAAAGAACUCAAAGAUGAAGUCGAUGGAAAAACUAAAAUAAAAGAAGAAUUGAAACAAAAAGAAAAAGAGCUCAAAGAAGAAAUUGAACAAAAAGAAAAAGAACUCAAAGAAGAACUGAAACGAAAAGAAAAACGACUCAAAGAAGAAAUGGAGACAAAAGAAAAAGAACUGAAAGAUGAAAUGGAGACAAAAGAAAAAGAACGCAAAGAAGAACUGAAACGAAAAGGAAAAGAACUCAAAGAAGAAAUGGAGACAAAAGAAAAAGAACGCAAAGAAGAAAUGGCGAUAAAAGAAAAAGAACUCAAAGAUGAAAUGGAGACAAAAGAAAAAGAACUCAAGGAAGAACUGAAACAAAAAGAAGAACAACUCAAAGAAGAACUGGAGACGAGAGAAAAAGAACUCAAAGAUGAAAUGGAGAUAAAAGAAAAACAACUGGUGAAAGAAAAUAAGGCCAAAGAAGAACAACUCAAAGAAGAACUGGAGACAAAAGAAAAACAACUGAAUGAACUGAAACAAAAAGAAAAACUAUUCAAAGAAGAAAUGGAGACAAAAGAAAAACUAUUCAAAGAACUUGAGACAAAAGGAAAACAACUAGUGAAAGAAAUAAAGGCAACAGAAGAACAACUUAGAGUAGAAAUGGAGGAAAAAGAAAAACUACAAAAUGAUGAAAUAGAUCAACUAAAAAUUCAAAUUGAGACCAAAGAAAUCGAGCUCGAUCAGUUGAAGGACAUUGUAAGACAGAAAUCUAGAGAUAAAUGUUCCAUCAGCUGAUUGUCUGAUGAUCCACGACUGAACAUUUAAUGUUGUUCAUGCACAAAUGCUCAUUCUUCCCUGUAUGUGACAAGCAGUAAAAUUAUGAGUCAUGUCACCAUUUUAUACUUUAUAUUUUUUUAUGUUUUUCUUUGUUUUUAUGGAUGAUAGUGAAUGCAACAUUAAAAUUGAGGAGUUAAGUUUGGUGAUAAUUGACCAACACUGAUCGGACAUCCCUGCUUCA